AUGACGCAGGCUGGUGGCAUCCACGCGCGUCUGAACAUGGGUUCAGAAUCACUUUCGUUGGUUUUCUCCAACGCUUAUGCGAUUGAAGACAACCCAGCUGAUAUGACAAGUCGCAACGGCCCGGAUACGCGUAGCACGCAACGCAACAAGACCUUCCACCCAGCUCAUGAACCCGUGAGACACGGGAAUGGCCUACGGCUCGAAAGCGAUCGCGUCACCGGCCCGAUACCUUUCCUCAACCCUACGCGAGCGUAUUACCGCCACGAUCAGCGCCCUGAUGUGCGAUACAAGUGGACUUCACGAAAUGACCGCAAAGGACGACAUGCAGUAGAUAUCCAAUCUAGCCAAGCCAACGCUUCGAUGAAGCACGUUACCCCACGCCCGACUACCUCCUUCCGUAGCGUUGCACGCAACAUCGGGCAUAUGCUCACAUAUUUUCCGAUAUGGGACGUAUCAUUCGACGUCGCCUUUGUCUUCACAAUAGGCAGUGUAAUAUGGAUAUGCAACGCCUUCUUCGUUUAUCUGCCGUUGGUGCAACCAAGUUCUGAAUUCGAGAACGAGGAAUUGUAUGGUGGAGGCAUAACCGCAUUUAUUGGAGUCACCGUUUUUGAAGUGGGGUCAUUCCUGCUCCUGGCAGAAGCUGUGAACGAGGGUAGAUCGGGAUGUUUCGGAUGGGCAGUGGAACAGGUUCUGUCGCGUGAAGAGGAGGGUGAAGAACGUGUAGCACUGCGACCGUCAAAGUCGCAUUGCACACACCAUCACAACAAACAGAAUUCAGUCAAGAACCGGCAGAUGACGCAACGAAAGUCCGAUCUGGCGCCCCAGGAGCGUUUGUGGGUCUGGUGGCCGUCAAAUGAAGAACUACGAACCCACUACGUUCACAAUCUCGGAUUCAUAGCCUCCUUGUCCCAGCUGCUCGGUGCAACAAUCUUCUGGAUUGCUGGUCUGACAGCGCUACCUGGCAUAUACAACCGGAUGUCGCAGACCCUUACCAUCAUCUUCUACUGGACUCCUCAAGUGCUUGGCGGUAUAGGUUUCGUCAUCUCAGGAGCUCUUUUCAUGAUCGAGACACAGUCCAAGUGGUGGAAGCCGGCUCCUCGGACACUUGGUUGGUGGGUCGGCGCUUGGAAUCUCGUAGGGGGUAUAGGCUUCACGUUGUGUCCUGUAUUUGGAUACGAUACCAGGAGCUGGGCGCAAUACCAGGCGUCUCUCAGUACUUUCUGGGGUAGUUGGGCCUUCAUGAUAGGAAGUACGCUUCAAUGGUACGAGAGCCUGGAGAAAUAUCCCGUGGAAGUUGACAGCACCAGGUAG